UUUAAUUUUCUUUCAAACAUAUUAGAAUUGUUUGUGUUUUAAGGAUAUGGAGAGAUUUGAAAACAUUAAGAAUGUGAGUUGGUAUAAAAUGUGGUUAAGUAGAGGUGGUGGUGUGGUGAUGGUAUUGGUAAUUGACAAUUGGUAUUGUUGAUCACCCCUCCAAACUCGUCGGAGAAUAUUCUUAUUAUUAUAAUUGCACGAGUGCUUCGCUUCUUAUUCUCUCCAACUUGCAACUUUUCCCUUUCAUUCCUUUGGUAUCCUUGAGUUGAUCAUGGGAAAUGUGAACGCCACUCGUUCAGAACAAGCAGAAUCUUCUGCAACUCAUGAGAACGCCAUGCCUACUCACUCCCCAUUCAUCUUCACUCCUCAGGUUCCGGUGCUUCCACUACAAAGAGCUGAUGAGAUGCAUGUUCCGAGUUCAGGGUAUGCAGAUAUGUAUGCUGAACCAGGAAUUCCAACAAUGAUUACUUGGAGUUAUGAUGGAAAGGAAGUAGCAGUUGAGGGAUCGUGGGAUAAUUGGAAAACAAGAAUGCCCCUGCAGAGAUCAGGGAAAGAUUUCGCAAUAAUGAAGCUACUGCCCUCUGGUGUUUACCACUACAGAUUUGUUGUCGACGGACGAAAGAGGUACACUCCAGACUCUCCUUGGGCACAAGAUGAUGCUGGCAAUGCUUACAACAUCUUGGACUUACAGGAUUAUGUUCCUGAAGACAUAGAAAGCAUUUCUAGUUUUGAGCCUCCUCAAUCACCAGACUCGAGUUAUGAUAACUCACAACUUAGUUCUGAGGAUUAUGGCAAGGAGCCACCAUUAGUUCCUCCACUCUUGCAAAUGACAGUGCUAAACGUGCCAGCAACAAAUAUGGAAAUCCAACCUCCUAGGUCAAGACCUCAACAUGGAGUGCUGAAUCAUCUUUACACGCAGAAAGGAAAGAGCAUUCCUUCAGUGGUUGGCCUUGGUACAACUCAUCGGUUUCUAGCCAAAUAUGUCACUGUGGUGCUGUAUAAGUCGUUGCGAGUUGAACCAUGAACAUAAAUUAUAAACGACAUGGAGCACAGUUUAUAGAGCUUCACAUAGUAUAGUUAUAUGCCAGAAAUGGGAAAAGUCAAUAUUGUAUCACAUAUAAUGCAGUUGUUUGAUGAUCAAUCAUCAGGCAA